AUGGCGAAUGGCGCUGCUGGAGGCGCGCGCGGCGCCAGCCAGGGUGGCGACCCCUGGACGUGCAACGCGUGCGCAGCUGGCUACAGCAACAUGGCGUGGCGCGCGGUGCGCAGGCUCUGCCAGGCGGCGCGGCCGCCGAGAGGUGCUGGCACUUUCGGCGACGCCAUCGACAAGGCCAAGAAGGUCAAGGCCAAGGGGAAGGCGAAGGCCGUGGCGAAGCGGGCGCGGUUCGCCUCGGAUGGGCCUGGCCCGUCCGCCGCCGCGGCCGCGCCGGCGCCGUGGGCGCAGGGCGCGGCCAAGCAGGCGGCCGUGGAGAAGCCCUGCAGCGGCGGCGGCAAGGACGAGGAGGUCCGCCUGGCCCUCCUCCGUCACUUUGGCCCCAGGGAGGGCUGGUCGGCGGCCCUGGUCCAGGACUUCGGGGCCCUGGUGCCCGAGGCCGACGCGCCGCCGCCUGCGAAGCCCUUGGCCGAGCUGUCUCUCCAGGCCCUCCUGGCCAGGGAGGCGAAGGUCAAGGGCCAGGUCGGCCGCGCCGAGGCCAUGCUGGCGGCGGCCAAGGAGGAGCAGGAGACCGCCGCGGCGCGCGUGGCGGAGCAGGAGGGCGCCCUCCAGAAGCGCCGCGACCAGCUGGAGGAGGUGGCCGAGGCGGUGCGCGCCAGGAAGCGCGCCGACCUGGCGCAGCACACAGGCCCGUCGCCCAUGGAGGUGGGCGAGCCCGAGGAGACGGGCGACCUGGGCAAGGCGCUGCUCAGGAGCCUCGAGGGCCUCGAGGCGGAGCGGGAGCGGGUGCUGCAGCUCGGGGAGGACGGGGACGCCCUGCUCGCGAUGGCCGCGGAGGCCCGCUGCCUCGUGGAGAAGCUUGCUGCCGCCGACGCCGCGCCCGCGAGGCAGCGGCGGCCGAGCGAGCCCGCGCAGCUGCUGCUGCCGCCGAGCGGGCCGCCGCCGCGCAGGAGGCCGCCCCCGCGGCCGCUGGCGAGGUGGAUGGCGCUGCUGGUCCUCCUGGAGACCGCAAGCGCGUCGGUGACCUCGGCCCGGGCGGUGGACGUGGUGGAGCUGGCGUCGGCCAACGCCACCGCGUGGGGCUCCGCGCAAUCGCUGGUCGAGUGGCUGCACGACGGCGUGGGGCGGCUGCCCGAGGUGCUCUGCCUCCAGGAGCACCGCCUCAAGGGCAAGCAGGCGGUGGCCCGCGCUGCGACUGGAGGCGCGGCUGUGGCCACGCUGCGGCCGUCCGCGGCAGUCGCGACGCCAGGGCCCCCAGCCCAUCGGUUCCAGGUGCGCGAGGUGAACCUAGGAUUCAGGGAGCCGCGCUGUAUCAUCUCGUCCUACUUCGUCACGAAGAUAGGCAGGGCGAAGGAGAACAUCGGGCUCAUGGCGGCGCUGCACGAGCACGUCGGGCAGCUGGAGUCGCCGUGGCUGGUGAUGGGCGACUGGAACAUGGAGCCCGAGGACGUCCGUGAGUGGGCACGCAGCGCGGGCGCUGCCCUUGUCGUCCCAGGGGAGCCGACCUGCGGCUCGAAGGUCUUCGACUUCGCUGUCGUCAGCAAGGUCCUCACGGGCUUCGUGGAGACGGUGGAGGCGCUGCUGCAGGCGCCGACGAAGGACCACGUGCCGUUGAAGGUGGUGCUCCGCGGCGUAGGGCCAGCGGCGAGGGUGCAGCGGCCGCUGUUCCCUGCCGCCUUCCCGCUGCCGCUUCCGCCGCCAGCGAGGCCAGCGCCGCGUGGGCGUGGGUUCUCGGCCUGGAGCCCAGGAGGUGAGCAGCCGCUCAAGGUCGGCUGCCAGGAGCGGUUUGAGGCGGUGGAGGCCUACCUGAUCGACCUCCACGAGAUCGUGCCGCCCAGCCGUUGGAAACGGCGGGCUGACGGGCUGCGCACGCAGAAGGUCAAGAUGGAGGCGGCCUGGAAGCAGGACCUCAAGAGGAGUGUUGGCGCGGCGUGCAGACGCUGGAUGUCGUUUGCGGCGGCGUGCGCCCGCUGGCGCGCGCUGCAGGGGGCGGCGCCAGGAGGUCGCCGCGCGGCGCCGCUGCGCAAGCAGCGCCAGGUGCUGGAGGCGUUCGAGCUCGAGUGGCCUGAGGACGGCCCGCUCGCAGGGCUGUCGGUCGCCCGCGUUGUCGGCCUGCUCAGCACCUCAUCGUGCAAGCUGACGGUGCAGUUCGUCCAGGAGGAGGCGAGGCGGCGCUGGAUGCAGGACAAGCAGCGGAGGGCUGCUGAGUGGCGCGCCUGGGCCCAGGCCGCUGCCACCGAGAGGGGCGGCUCGGCGGCCUACCGCUUCAUCAAGCAGGUCACGGUGCUGCCCACGGUGGUGCACGAGGGCGCAGACGGCGACGAUGGCCCGCGCAUGCCCGUAGCAGGCGAGGCCGCGGUGGCUGCACUGCUGAAGGUGGCGCCCGAGGACUGGGACAUCCAGGAGUCGGUGCUGCCGCCGCUGGAGCUCGAGGAUCUGGAGCGGGCCCUGGGCACCUACCGCGAGGGGUGCGGCCUCGGCUGGGAUAGGCUGGUGGCGCAGCGCGGGGAUGCCGCGGCGGAGCUCUUCGCGCGUGCGCUCUGCCCCGACCCUGCCCUUGCCUUCCCCGCGGCGGCAGACGCUGCGCUCGCGGCCCCGCGCUGGUGGGGCGCGCCGCCUGGCUCGAAGUUCGCGGGCAGGGUCUUCGUGGAUGGCAGCGCCAGGUUCCCCGCGCUGCGAGGGGCACGCCGCGCUGGCUGGGCCGUGGUGCAGAUCGGCCUCGGCGGGGGAGUCGUCGGCGGGAUGCACGGCAUCGCCCCGUGGAGGUACGGGCCCGAGCAGGAGGCCAGGGACGGCGAGGACUACGCGUUCCACAUGCUGGCCCAGUACUGGCAGGCGUCGGGCGACGGCGCGGGCCUCGAGGUCUUCUGCGACUGUGCUGGCACGGUCGGCCUGGCGCUCUUGCGGGGCAAGGCCCUCGCGCCGCUGCAGGCGCGCCGCCACCUGUGGCAGGAGUGGUGGGCGGGGCCUGGCCUGACGGCCACAGUGCGCAAGGUCAAGGCGCACAAGGCGCUCGCCGCGGCGUCCAGCUGGGAGGAGGAGCUCAUGAUCAAGGGCAACAGGGCAGCCGACCUGUGGGCCAAGAGGGGCGCCGCCCUGUGGCCGAUCGACGAGGAGCUGGUCUGGUUCCUCCAGGCGUGCGCCUGGCGCGCGGAGGAGCUCGGGCGCUGGAUCGGCGAGCUGGCCGCCGCCAUGGUGGGCCACGAGAAGCUGGACCCCGACGGGGUGGUAGGCACGGCCGACCUCGUCUACGACAUCCCGCAGGAGGCGCUGGACGCGGCGGAGCAGGCCGACGUGGAGGUGGCGGCGGCGGCGCUCGAGGCCGAGCUCGUGCAAGGCCAGGCUCCUGCUGCUGGUGCUGCGGCUGCUGCUGGCGCGGAGCUCGGCCAGCCACCCGACGCCGCCGCCGAGGCCGCCGCCGUCGAGCUCGAGGACGCUGCGGCAGCCGCCCCCGAGCUGCAGGCAGUUGUGGCAGGAGCAGGCGUGGCGCGGCAGGUGCGAGGGCACUGCAUCGUCGUCUCUCGCCUGGAGAAUGGCGACGGGGCCAUGGCCUGGUGCCUGAAGUGUGGCUGCCGCUUCUGGAAGAGGCCCCCUCCUGCAGGGACUGGCCUGCUGGGCAGCUGCAAGGGGCGACGUGCCCCUGGCGAGCGGGCGGCAGAGGCGAGGCGGCUCCUGAUGCGUCUCCAGGAGCCGAAGAGCAAGGCGCGGCUCUUCGCCCCGCAGGCGCCCACGGCCGAGGAGCAGGCGCGGCUCGCGGCGGUGCUCCGAGAAGGCGCUGGCGAGGCAGGCGGCGCUGGGGCCCCCGUUGGGGCUGGGCGGCCGCCGCGCUGGGGGCUGCGGCCAGCCGUGGCGGAUGCCUGGCAGGCGGCCGCGCCCCACGGCUUCGCCUCGCCCGCCGCCGCGGCGCGCUGGGCGCAGGCGCGCGUGGAGGCGGGCUGGGGGUCGCCCUUCGGCGACGCAGCCGAUUCCGUGGGCGAGGCGGCUGCUCUGUGGCAGGCGCGCUUGCGCCAGUGGCCGGGGCGGCAGCGCGGCUUCGAGGACGCGAUCUUCGAGCUCUGCAGCAGUAGGUUGGCAGAGCAAGGAGCCGCGGCUGGCGUGUUCUGCUUUGUAGCAGACCCAGGCUGGCCAAGCACGAUGUUUCCGCGGCGGACGCAGGAUCGGCAGAAGACGGCCGGGUCGACCAGCAACGAGCGCGCCGUGCACCCAGCAGCUGCGGGCACCAGGUCGAAGCGGAGAUCGUUCCACGACCUGGGCGCGGACGGCAGCGUCGCGGAGCCGCGGACCAUCGUGCAGUUGACGUUGCAGCUGGAGAACGAGGGGAGGUCCGACACGAGGGCCAACAACGUGGACUGCGCGACGCAGGCGGAGUCGGAGCUGGCGGAGACGCUGGAGCGGGCGGAGGGGGGGGCGAUAGACGCGCUGGGGGCGGGGGGCCAACGCGUCGCGGGGGCGCGGGCCAAACGGCGCUUCUCGGCGAAGGUCAAGGAGGAGGUGAAGGGCGAGCUGGCGAAGUGCAGCACGGCCCCGGCAGGAGAUGCCGAGCUCGCGGACGCACUGCGACGACUGCAGGAGCAACGGGCACCGGGAGCAACGGGGGUCGCGCUGGAGGGCGCGGGCCCGCUGGCGCACGCCGCGAAGGCGGCGCGCAGCCCGGCGUUCGCGGGGGCGAGGGCGGGGCCCAAGGCGCCCGAGAAGAAGCGAGCCGAAGCGCCGCUUGUCAGGGGCGCGCGCGGGGCCCGGCUGCGCAGGCUGCGCGCCGCGCGCCGCGGCAGAGGGUUCCGGGCAAGAAGUUGCGCGGCGCAGAGGGGCCGCGGGCUUCGAGCGAGUGCGCAGUGCCACUGCGGCGCCCACUUGGGCCUGAGCAGCGGGCCCGAUCGCUGCGAGCGGUUCUGCGCGAACGCGCGCGUCUCCCGGGCGCGCCUGCGCGCAGACCCGCGCCAGGUGAAGUGCAGGGGCCUGCCCACCGACGACUUCGUGAGCCUGGAGGUCAGCCUUGUGACGAACGUGGCAGGUCUGCUCCUCGAGAUUACCCGGGGCAUCUCAACCGCCCUCGCCGUGCGGUCUUCGGCGGUCCCCUGUCCAGACUGCACCUGCAAUUGCGCGCCUGCGCUUGCCUGCUCUGAGGGCGCGCUCCCGCGGGAGUUCGGGCAGGAGACGGGCUGGGAGUGGCCCGGGCCCUGGGCCUGCUUCUCUUUGAUCGGCCUCGGCGCGGUCGCCGGGGCCUCGGCGGUGCUGCUGGCACAGCGCUGGCCGGCGCCUGCCCCCGCAGCGGCGCCGGCACGGGCAGCGGGCCCGGCCGAGCUCGCGGACCCCUCGUCCGCCCGAGCGGACUUGCUGCAGGAGGCGCGCGCGCAGCCUGACGCCAUGGCGGCUCCACACCAGCUCAUCGCGGCGGGCUUGGCCGAGGGCGACUUCCUGGCUGUCCGAUACAGAGUGGGUGGCCGGCGCCUUUGGCACCGCCGCCUGGUAGUGGCGCUCGUGCCCGGCGGGACCACCGUUGCGGGCAUCAUGACUCCCGACCUCGAUGAGUACGACGAGGACGUGGCCGACCAGGCGAAUAUCGCAGAGUGGCACAUCCCGUUGCAGGCCGCGGUGGAUGCAGCUCGAACCGCAGCAUACGCGAGAAGGGGGGCGGUGCCGGUCGGGCCCAUCGUGGUCAACCUCGCCGGGCGCGUGGGGGCCAGCGCUCCUGUGGGCGCUGCACCCCCUGCGGCUGGCGGCGCGGCGGCUGCGGCGGCUGGGGGCCCUGGCGGCGGCGGCGGCCUCGCGGGGCUGGUGGCGGCCCUUGGCGGCCCGGCGGGCGGCCCGGCCGUUGCGGCGGCCGCCCCAGUGGCCCUGGUGCCCGUGGCAGCGCCCGCCGCCCCUGCCGCCGGCGCGGGCGCCCCGCCAGCCGGGCCUGGGGCCGCGGCGGCCAUCCCUGGCGCGCCCGUCGCGCCCGCCGCCCUGGCAGCGCCCGGCGCGCCCGCGGCCGCGGCUGCAGCUCCCGCGGCGGGCGCCCCGGCGGCCCCGGCUGUGGCUGGACCUGGCGGCGACGCCCGGAUCUUCGGCGUGGUGGUCGAUGCGCGCGGGGUCCGUCGUGUGGACUUCCGCACCGCAGUCACCCGGAUGACCGAGCUCCCCUGGCCAGACUGGCCCGUGCGAGGGCCGCGCACGUUGCGGUGGGUGGCAGAGUUCAUGGCGCAGCGGAGCGGCACGCCGACGGCGCAUCAUCAGAGGUGGCUGGCGGAGACGGGCCUUGACCCCGCCGAUCCAGGAGUGGAGAUCCACCAGACGGGCUGCGUCGUCCUCGAGACGGCCAUUACCUACGACCAGGAACACGCCACGAACCUCGCCCACCUCGAGCUCGUCGCCCGCUCGAUCCAGGUGCAGGAAGAGAAGUACCGGUUUCUCGUUGAGCCCGACGAUGCCUCGGCUGCUGACAGGUCGGCCAUGAUGGGGACGUCGCAGCUCGCGGGCUCUGUGUGUGUCUGCCCCGUCCUUCGCGACUAUCUCGCAUCGGAGUCGCAGAAAGAGAUGGCAGUUGCGAAGGAGCGGAGGAAGGCGCGCGAGGAGCGCGCCCUCGCCGGCGGCCAGCCUGGCGGCGGGCGCGGAGGGGGCGGCAGGGGCCGCGGCGGCCGGCGGGGCAGAGGCUCCGGUGCCGCAGGCGGCGAU